AGAGAUGCCGCUCGGUGAAAAGUGUUUUGAAGUAAAGACAAUAUUAUUAUCGACAAAAUAGAUUUCGGAAUGUCAAGUGAAUUCUGUCUAAAUAUGUGUCUUCAUCAUAAAAUGAGAAGCAUGUCGUUUUUUGUAUAUUAGUUUGCUGGCGAAGUCUUUGUUUUUAUUGAUUUAGUCCAUUUUGACACGUUGAUUCUUUACACAAUUGAAGAUAUUUUGAGAACACAUCGUUGCAUUUAAACUCCACUUUCAUUCAUUCAUUAUAUGAUGGAGAUCGCUUAUGUUUGCGAGUGGGAGAAGAGACCUAAAAGCAACCACUGUCCUUCAAUUCCCCUGGUGUGCGCAUGGUCAUGCAGAAACCUCAUCGCUUUCACAACUGAUCCGAAAAACGAGGAGGAUGACAAAGAUCUCAAUCUUAUGAUACACAUCAUUGACACUGACCACCCCUGGGAUGUGUACUCCAUCAACACUGGUCAUACUGAAGUAAUUUCAUGCCUUGAAUGGGACCAGUCAGGUUCGAGGCUGCUAUCUGCUGAUGGUGAUGGUCAAAUCAAGUGUUGGGGGAUGACAGAGCACCUGGUGAACAGUUGGGAGUGCACGCAGACUAGUUCUGUGGAUGGAGACCCGAUCGUAGCUCUCUCGUGGUUACACAAUGGAGUGAAACUUGCUUUGCAUGUCGAAAAGUCUGGCUCUACAAACUUCGGAGAGAAGUUUUCCCGUGUCAAGUUCUCCCCUUCUCUCACACUCUUUGGUGGGAAGCCCAUGGAGGGUUGGUUAGCGGUGACUGUGAGCGGGCUGGUCACGGUGUCGUUGUUGAAGCCCAACGGUACUCUGCUGACGGCCAGUGAGAGCCUGUGCAGGCUGAGGGGCCGCGUGGCACUCGCUGACAUUGCCUUCACUGGGGGUGGGAACAUAGUGGUUGCGGCCACAGAUGGCAGCAGCUCUUCUCCGGUGCAGUUCUACAAAGUGUGCGUAAGCGUGGUGAAUGAAAAGUGUCGGAUAGACACUGAGCUACUGCCCUCGCUAUUCAUGCGCUGCACCACUGACCCGGUCAGAAAAGACAAGUAUCCUGCUGUCACACACCUUAAAUUCCUCACACGUGAAAACUCUGAACAGGUGCUACUCUGUGCGUCCAGUCAGAUGGGCAGCAUUGUAGAGUGCUGGUCACUGCGGAAAGAGGGUCUCCCUGUCAAUAAUAUCUUCCAGCACCGAUCACCUGUUGUUGGUGAAAAGCAGCCAAUGAUCCUGAAGUGGCGGAUCCUCUCAGCAACUAAUGAUCUGGAUCGCGUGUCUGCUGUUGCUCUGCCUAAACUUCCCAUCUCCAUCUCCAACACUGAUCUCAAAGUGGCCUCAGACACCAAGUUCUUCCCAGGCCUUGGUCUUGCUCUGGCAUUCCAUGAUGGCAGCAUUCAGAUUCUUCAUCGUCUUUCCCUGCAUACUAUGGGAGUGUUCUACGGUUCCUCUGGUUCCUCUCAGCGUGUUGGGGAGGAACCUGCCAUUAAACGACAGAGAGCGGGUGGCCCGACGCUGCACUUCAAAGCCCUUCAGUUCUCUUGGACAUCUCUCGCUUUAGUUGGCGUGGACAAUCAUGGCAAGCUACACAUGCUCCGAGUGUCCCCAUCCAUGGGCCAAAUGCUGGACAUGAACACACUGCUGCGCCACCUGCUGUUUCUGCUGGAGUACUGCAUGGUGACAGGAUAUGACUGGUGGGACGUGUUGCUGCACGCGCAGCCUAGCAUGGUACAUAGCCUGCUGGAGAAGCUUCAUGAGGAGUACAUGAGACAGAACCAGGCACUGCAGCAGGUUCUGUCAACUCGUAUAGUAGCAGUGAAGGCAUCUCUGUGUAAGCUGUCAUCUGCCACUGCUGCGAGAGCUUGCGACUUCCACGCUAAACUCCUGCUCAUUGCCAUCAGCUCCACACUGAAAUCUCUGUUAAGACCUCAUGUUCUCAACACACCUGAAAAAAGUCCUGGAGACAGACUGGCAGAGAUCUGUGCCAAAAACACAGACACCGACAUUGAUAAGGUGAUGAUUAAUCUGAAGACGGAGGAGUUUGUUCUGGACGGCCCUCCCCUCCAGUCCCUCCAGCAGCUCAUUCAGUGGGUGGGAGACUUUGUGCUUUACCUGUUGGCUAACUUGCCCAACCAGGGCUCUGUUGUGCGUCCAGGGUUUGGAUUCCUGCGGGAUGGUGCAUCUCUGGGCAUGCUCCGAGAGAUGCUGGUGAUGAUCCGUAUUUGGGGCUUGCUGAAGCCUGGUUGCCUGCCCAUCUACACAGCCACAUCUGACAACCAGGACAGCAUGUCGCUGCUGUUCCGCCUGCUCACCAAACUCUGGCUCUGCUCUCGAGAUGAGAGUCACCCGCAGGAUCCAGAUGAGACAUUGAUUGAUGAGUGCUGUCUGCUGCCCAGUCAGCUCCUGGUACCCAGCAUGGACUGGCUGCCCAUUAAUGAUGGAGUUAUCACCAAGAUUCAGAGCAAACACCCACUCAGACUGCAGUUUGGCAAACCGUACACCCUGCCAGGGAUCAACCCCAAUGCACAGGUGGAGGUGUUCAGAAGUCCAGCAUCUCAGAGGAUGGACCACCUGCGGUGCUUACAUCUGGGCAUCUCUCCGACAGAGGACAGCAAAGCUUGCACCAGGUGUGGCUGUGUCACCAUGCUGAGAUCUCCAAAUAAAACCAAUGCCAUGAGACAGUGGGAGCAGCGCUGGAUCAAGAACUGUCUAUGUGGAGGUCUCUGGAGAAGAAUCCCCUCCACACUCGCAUGAUAGCCACACUGUCAAGAACCUGAGACCUGGCUAAAUGUUAAAGCUGCACAUAUCCCUAAUUACAAAUAAACUGUACAGUAUCUGUACAGUAAAUGUUGAAGCCAACAGUAGCUGAAAACUUCACCUAACGAUCUUUGUUUUCUUAAAUAAAUAAAUACCAGAAAUGAAAAUUGUCAUUCAUUCAUCCACAUAUUGUUCCAAAUGCAAAUCUCUCGUGUAACACAAAAGGACAUGUUGCAGGCAUUAAGAUUCUCAGUCACCAUUCACUUUCAAUGCAUAUAUGUUUUGUGAAUAGUGACCUGGGCUAACGUUCUGCCUAACAUCUUUUGUGUUCCACAAGAAUGGAAGUCAUGCAGGUUUAGAACAACAUGAGAGUGAGUGAGUGAAUGAAUGAUAUCAGAAUUUUCAUUUUUGGAUCAAUUGUUCAAUUGCUAUACAAAUAUAGAGGGAUGUUUUUGUUUGUUUGUUGUCUGCUGGAGAGAGAGUGAAUAGUUACUUUUUUAGCCUUUGUAAAUAUGAACC